AUGGCUUCAACACAAACACCACAGAAGAGAGACAGACAGCCUGUCUUUACCAACAGCUUCAUUCCCUACAAUCCCCCUCAACCCUUUCCAACACCAACAACUCCAGCGAGGACGGCCACGGAGACUACCCCGUCUGCUCCCCUACCAGAUUUCAUCACAAACCUCAAACCUGAUCUCAAACCACGCUCAACCCCCCUAGAGGACGCUUCUGUUUUUGGGUCAGCCGAAAAGAAGAGGACACCUUCCACCCAGAUCCCCACGUUUAGCGAACAAUCCUUCUGGAGUCUCGAAAACCUCCCCGAUAUUCUCUACGUCUUACGACCCGGAACCGAUCACGCCAAGUCCAGAGCGCGAAUUCGGCAGAUUGACAUAUCCUCUGACAAGACAAUCAAUCACUUCCCCGUUCUGCCUCUUCACAUCUUUCCUCAGGUCCAAGGCUGGCUCAUUGAGACUUGGAUGCGCCUCGAUCGUCGUAUAACGCCUGAAGACAUUAUUGACCGUAUGAACCCUCAAGCUGGAAUCACAUCAGACGAUAUCGAAAUGCGUCGACAGAAGUUUAGAGAAUCUUUUAAUAUUGCGUGUUGGGGAUCGCAGAAAUCGACCUAUGACAUAACUCGCAAGUUGAAAGAAGCCGGAAUAGACCCGGCUCUUAACACGACUAGAGGCUUGACUCCUGGUCUUAUUGAUCCGUCCAAAGGCGAGGCUGGUGGUCGGAUACCUCUACCAGCUGAUGCAUAUGAUGGUCCUGUUUCAUCUGAAUUCAAAACUCCCACAAAGAAGAAACCAUCGCUUGGUACAUCGUCGCAUUUUAACCAGAACCCGACUCCCAGUUCGACUGGGAAGAGAAAGACUGAGACUACCAAUCCUCCCGCAAAUGCCAGUCCCCGGAAGAGAAGCCGCUCGACCAGAUACACCGCGAUUCCCAAGCCCGAGCCAUAUGGCAAUACCGAAGAAUACGAGCUCGCCUACCACGGUGGGCCUUCGGCCUUCAAAGUCGAAAACGAAGAACCAGGUGGCUCCACAAUGACUCUCGAGGAGUACCUCCAGAUGAGUGGAAUGUCAUACGAAGAUUGGCUUCUUCGCGACAAAGAGGGCCAGAUGACAAAACAGCCUGGCCUCCAGGUACCAGAAACCUGGACAUUGACCCCUUCGAAGGGUGAUGUGAUAGAUCCCUGGGCCAUACUUUGGUCCCAGAGUGUCUAUAAGAUUUCGAGUACUUCGUCUAGUGGUUCUGCCACGCAACUAUCCCAAGACAAGGCCGUCGAGACAGUCAGAACAUCGGAAUGA